UCUUUGGUUUGAUAUUUAGGAAAUGGGAAAUUGGCAAAUGGAGAUUGGAAGAAUGAUGUCGUACAUAUUAUUCCCAAUUGGUAUUUAUUACUAUUUUAAUCAGUCAGAAACUAUAGAGGAAUGGAUACAGAAUGAGAAGAAGAAGUUUAAUACCUUGACUCAAGAGGAACAUAACGAACUGGUGAAUUUCAUUGAAGAAUAUAACAAGAAACGAGAAAUCAGACGCAUUACAGAAAUGGAAACACAAUAUAAUGAAGUAAACUAAAUUGAUCAAAUCUCAUUUAUAUAAUACAGUUAGAAUAGACGUAUGUGAAUGUAAAUAUAAAGUACUUUAUCCAAA